UCCCAUCUUGUUAGUACUGAUUCCAACCGUGAGACCUUUGCAAAGACUAUUGCCAAGACACUGACCAAGUACGGAUUUGACGGUGUGGACCUUGAUUGGGAAUAUCCAAACACUCCAGGAAACAAAGGUAACAUUAUCUCUAAAGACAACUCUACCAACUUACUCAAGUUCUUGACUGCUCUCAGGGCCUCGAUUGGAUCCAAAUGGCUCACUGCAGCAGUCUCUGUCCAUGGGUUCAUGGGACCAAACGGAGAAUACUUGAAGGAUCACAAAGAAUACGCCACGUUGUUUGAUUUCAUCACUAUCAUGGCCUACGAUAUUUAUCUCCCCGUGGUGACUCCCGUCUUCGGACCUGAAGCUCCAUUAUUUGAUACCUGCAAUGACCCUAGCUAUAAAUUUUUGGUGGCACAAGCAAUCAACACCUGGACUUCAACCGGCUUUCCUGCAUCUCAGAUCCUCUUAGGUAUUCCUGCAUAUGGUAAUCAGUACACUUUAUCUAGCUCAACACUUGACCCAACUAACUUCUCUGGUAAAGAAAAGAGUUUGUUUUUUGGUCCUAUUGACAAGUCAGCUCAAGCUCAAACAGUCAAGAAUGUUGCGCCUAAUCCAACUGGAUGUGAUAGCCCCUUGGAAGGUGGUAGCUUCAUUUUCAAGGACUUACUGACUUGUGGAUUUCUGACUCCCAAUGCCACUACUGGACAGGGAGGAUUUGAACGUCACUAUGAUAACUGUACUCAAACUCCGCUCCUCUUUAACCCAACCACCAAGACUCUCAUUGCUUAUGAUGACCCAACCUCUUUGACAGAAAAAGUCAAGUAUGCAAAAUCAAAGGGAGUUGCAGGUGUGAAUGUUUUUGAUGCGAGUGGUGAGACCCCUUCUUGA